AUGCGCGCAAGGAGAAUUUGCGUAUUCACGAUCGCGGUCUGGAGUCUCGAUGUCACCGUCGAGCUUCGAUACAGCACGGCUUCUGCAGUCUCGUAUUUCUCCACCGAUGCCUCCCACUGCCUUCGCGACGCGCAGCGCCAUCUCGCCUCUCCCACCGCUCAAAUUCUACCACCAUCAGUUCCUUCCUCAGCAUUGAUACGAUUUCAUACCUUCUGCGUCGUCAACAAAGAAAGUGGGCCGUCGAAAGGGGGAGUCACGAUGAUUGGGCGACGUGCCGACCCGCGAUGUGGCGUUGAAUACGAGAAUACGACUACAUCAUCUCUGCCAACCCCUCCACUGUACCGCGCGAAAGAAUUCCACCAGGACGAGACAUGGCCGAAAAUACACGAAGAGAAGAGGGGGUGGAUAGGGGUUGUCGAUGGGAAAGAGAACAGAAUAUCUUCGAACAUUGGCAAACACCAGAAGUCAAUUAGGGGUGUAAAUAAUACAACAGAAGAGAAGUAG